AUGCCUGUCAAUGCCCAUCAGUGCUACCUACCAGUGCCACCUAUCAGUGCCAUCAGUACCUCCUCAUCAGUGCCCAUCAGUGCGGCCUAUCAGUGCCCAUCACUGCAGCCUCAUUAGUGCACAUCCGUAAAGGAGAAAAAUUACUCAUUUACAAAAUGUUAUAACAGAAACUAAGAAGAAAAACUUUUUCAGUUGUUUUUGGUUUGUUUAGCAAAAAAAUAAAAAACCCAGAGGUGAUUAA